AUGGCAACAGCCGACUGGAACCCUCUUGGAGACGUUUACUACAGAAAUGUAGAACUGUAUCAGAUGGAAUGGAAUGGUCUAAUAGACUUGAAUCAUUUUAUGAUAGCUGCUGCUCCAUAUGGUGGACCUGUAGUUUUAAUGAAAGAUGAGAAGAAAGCUGGUCGUGUUGUAACUAAUGUUAAACCUGUUAUUAGUGUAUAUAAUGCAGCUGGUAAAUUACUCAGUCAACACAGGUGGAAUAGCGGUACAGUAGUUCACCUGGGCUGGUCUAAUACAGAAGAAUUAUUAUGUAUACAAGAUAAUGGUGUUAUAUUAGUCUAUGAUAUUGCUCUCAAUUUUAAACGUACCUUUGGUAUGGGAACUGAAGCUAAAGAUGUAAAGAUACUAGAUUGGAAGAUAUUUUCAAGUUUCCAAGGAACUGGCAUUGCUGUUAUGACAACCAGUUUCAGGAUCUAUAUAGUCAAUAAUGUUGAUGAUCCCAGAGUCAGAAAACUAGCUGAAGUUCCAGAUUUAAACAGUGUACCAAGUAGCUGGACCAUAUUAAAUCUUGAUAGACAAUGUCGAGCACUGGUAGCUAAAAAUAGUCAGUUAUUUCUUAUAGACCAGGGUGGCCAAUAUGAAGAACAGUUUCCCAAGUUAUCAUCGCCUGUGACAGCAUUUAUAGAAAUGGCUGUAUCAUUUAACAAUAAAAUGUUAUCAUUAUUCACUGAUACAGGAGUUAUUUGGAUUGGCUCUUCUGAUUUGAAGGAGGUACAUUGUGAAUUCAAUACGAAAGCAGCAAGAAGACCUCAACAGCUAUCAUGGUAUGUUAUAUUUAAACAUUUAUAUAAACUAUAUUCUUUAUAUAUUCCUAAACCUAUUGUUAGAUAUAAUUUUGAUAGUUUUGUAUAUUUGGUACAAGAAGAAGAUGGGUUGAGAAUUAUUGGGAAUGAGGUUCACCAAUUUCUACAGAAAGUUCCCAAUGUAACAGAACAGAUAUUUAAAAUUGGUUCUAUGGAACCUGGUGCUAUGUUAUAUGAAGCUUCUAAAGAAUUUUCAAGAAGAAGUCAGAAGGCAGAUGAAUAUAUUCGUAUGAUAAAAGAUAAACUAGAUGUAGCAGUAGAUCAAUGUAUACUAGCAGCUGGUCACGAGUUUGAACCUUCAAAACAAAAGUCUUUACUCAGGGCAGCAUCAUUUGGUAAAUGUUUUUUAACUGAGUAUAGACCUGAAGCGUUUGUUGAUAUGUGUCAGAUGUUACGAGUAUUAAAUCAAGUUAGACAAUAUAGUGUUGGUAUACCUCUUACUUAUACACAAUUAGGACAUCUAUCUGUUCCUGUAUUAAUAGACAGACUAGUUCUGCGGAAAUUAUUCUGUCUAGCUAUUAGAAUCUGUCAUUAUUUAAAAAUACCAGAUGCUGAAGGUGCUAGUAGAAUCUUGGCUCAUUGGGCUUGUUAUAAGGUUCAACAGAAACAUGAAGAUGAAGAACAACUAGCUAGAGCUAUCUCCCAGAAAUUAAUAGAUGCUCCUGGUGUAUCAUUCUCUGAAAUAGCUAGUCAAGCUCUAGAACAAGGACGUAAACAGCUUGCUAUAAAGUUAUUAGACUAUGAAUCUAAAGCGUCAGAACAAGUACCACUAUUACUAAAGAUGGAUCAGAAUAACGCUGCUCUCAGUAAAGCUGUAGAUAGUGGUGAUACUGAUUUAGUUUAUACAGUAUUAUUAACAAUGAAAGAAAAGAUAUCCAAUAUGGGAGAAUUUUUUAUGGCUAUAAGACAGAUGCCUGUAGCUUAUUCACUCUAUAUACAGUAUUGUAGACAACAGAAUCCUAAAGUAGUAGAAGACCUGUACUAUCAGGAAGAUAAUUUUCUAGCAGAAGGAAACUGUAAGGUUAUCAGAAGUUUUAGUGAAGAUAUUUUUGAAGACAGAGUAAGGAAGCUUGAAGCAGCUAUCAACUGUUAUCAAAAAGCUAAAAUGGAAUUUGCAGCCAAGCAAACAGAAGAUCAAAUUAAGUUAUUAAAACUACAGAGAAAGUUAGAAGAUGAGACUAAUAAACCUUACCUAGAUCUUAGUAUACAGGACACCAUGUAUCGUUUAACACAGAAUGGUAAUCAUAAACUAGCUGAACAGAUUAGGAAAGAUUUCAAAGUCCCUGACAAAAGAUUUUGGUUAAUGAGAAUGUCAGCACUUGCAGAAUCAGGAGAUUGGAUGGAACUGGAAAAAUUCUCCAAGACUAAGAAACCACCUGUAGGGAUGGAGGCGUUUGUAAAUAUCUGUAUGAAAUAUAAUAAUAGAAGUGAAGCAAUGAAAUAUCUUAGUCGAGUUUUACCAGACCAAAAAGUUCAAGCUCUUCUUAAUAUAGGGAAUGCUAAAGAAGCAGCAGAUGCAGCAUUUGAAAUGAGGAGUGAGGAAGGUUUAGGAUUAGUUUUAACGAAAGCUAUAAAUUCCAACAAUAAACAAUUAGUAGAAUCAGUGAAAGAUAUGAUGAAUAGAGUGAACACCAAGAAAUAG